CGCUCUUCUUUUCAUGACAAAUUAGGACAUGUUUAUGAUAACACACUGACAAUAUCAGGCCAAUUUUGGCAUUACUCCAUCAGUGAACAGCAUGCCCAUGCUAACUUAAACUAGACCAGCAAGCUAACCACAUGUAUAUUAAGUGUUAGUUAAGAAUAGGAACCAAACAAGUUAACGGAACGAAAUUAACUGUAACAGCAGUUUGCAAAACACUGUGACACUUCUCAAGUGUUCCUACCUCAAAUACAGCGAGUGUUGCUGUGUUUUUGUUGUUAAAUGGACGAGGAGAGCCCGUGGCUGGUGAGAGGAUGCAGCAUUUCGUCCGUGGAGCAUAGAACGACGUCUGUGAUUGGUCAACAAGUGAGUAAAGAUGCAUCUGAUUGAUCGAAAGCCUCAACCAAAGAGCUGCUGGUCACGGCAAGAUACAAACUCGCCUGAGCUCUGAGUGAACGGCACAUCCGGGACCUUCAGCACUCAGCAGAGAUUUAUCUUGACAUGUGUACAGGUUGAGCAGAUUGAGAGUGAAGAACAUGUCAAAAAGAAGACUCAGACUUCGUCCUGAAGCAGAGGCUGCUCACUUUAUUUUAUCUGGAAGUGACAAGCCUUGUUUAAAGGCCCAAUGGAUCAAUGACUAUAAAGGACGUGGUGUAUUUGCCUCUGAACCAAAUGAAAAGGGAUCCUUUGUGGUCGAGUACCGUGGGGAGCUUAUCUCAGAACAUGAACGGGACAAGCGGCAGAAAAAGUACACAGAAAAGCAAACUGCUUUCCUAUUUGAUUUUAAAUGGAAAAAUAACACAUGGUGCAUUGAUGCCUCCCGUGAAGACGACUCACUUGGCCGGCUGGUUAAUGAUGACCACAAGUACCCAAACUGCAAGAUGAAACAGCUGGCAGUCCAGGAUAAACCUCAUCUCUGCUUGUUUGCUAUUGACAAUAUCCAAGCAGAGAGUGAAAUCACCUAUGACUAUGGAGAAUCUAUGUGGCCAUGGCGAGCUCUGACACCAAGUGCUGAGGUCCUGUCUCACCCUCAUAAAGACCAGUUAACACCAAGUGCUGAGGUCCUGUCUCACCCUCAUAAAGACCAGUUAACACCAAGUGCUGAGGUCCUGUCUCACCCUCAUAAAGACCAGUUAGUGAGUGACAUACCCACUUCAUUCUUCCAACAGACACCAAGUGCUGAGGUCCUGUCUCACCCUCAUAAAGACCAGUUAGUGAGUGACAUACCCACUUCAUUCUUCCAACAGGCCAGACAAAAAUCUCGAGUUCUCACCUUUCACCAGACAGAUACCUCAGAGCAGAUCUCUACUGAUGAAUUCUCAGAUUGUACGGAUUAUGAAGAUAAAGACUAUGUCCCAGAUUCAUGUGGCAGUUCCUCUGACACAAGUCUCCAUAGUUCUGGCAUGAAAAUCAGAGAAUCUGUGGUUCCCAAAAUAUGUUAA